AUGGCAGCCCAGACACAAACACAGUCUCAGCGACCUCAAAUUCAGCCUUGCCGGUACAAGACCGGGAAGACAUUGGGAGCGGGCUCCUACUCGGUCGUCAAAGAAUGCGUACACAUCGAUACCGGGCGGUAUUUUGCUGCCAAAGUGAUCAAUAAGCGGUUGAUGACUGGUCGAGAGCAUAUGGUUCGAAAUGAAAUCGCCGUGCUUAAACGUGUUUCAAUGGGACACCAGAACAUCCUUACUUUGGUCGAUUACUUCGAGACCAUGAAUAAUUUAUAUCUUGUCACCGAGUUGGCUCUUGGAGGAGAGCUAUUCGACCGAAUCUGCCGCAAAGGAAGCUAUUACGAAGCCGACGCAGCAGAUCUUAUCCGAGCGACUCUCUCGGCUGUUGCAUAUUUGCACGACCAUGGAAUCGUGCAUCGUGAUCUCAAACCAGAGAACUUGUUGUUUCGCACGCCGGAGGAUAACGCAGAUCUCUUGAUUGCGGAUUUUGGACUGUCUAGAAUCAUGGACGAAGAGCAAUUUCACGUUCUUACGACGACAUGUGGGACACCGGGUUAUAUGGCACCUGAGAUUUUCAAGAAGACGGGACAUGGCAAGCCCGUAGAUAUAUGGGCCAUUGGAGUUAUCACUUAUUUCCUUCUCUGCGGAUACACACCGUUUGACCGCGAAUCUAAUCUCGAGGAGAUGCAGGCCAUCCUCGUUGCAGACUAUUCUUUUACACCCCUUGAGCACUGGCGAAGUGUUUCCCCUAGUGCUCGCCAGUUUAUUAACCGCUGCCUAACAAUCGAUCCUCAGGCGCGAAUCACUGCUCAUGAAGCUCUUCAGCACGCAUGGAUCAACAACGACCCGUCGUUGAAACAAGGCGAAGAUCUCCUGCCCACCGUUAAGAAGAACUUCAACGCUCGCCGCACUCUCCACAAGGCCAUUGACACGGUCCGUGCCAUCAAUAAGCUCCGUGAAGGAGGCAGCCUGAUGAUGGACGGAGUGACCAGCGUCAACCCUCGACCAGAACGGGUGGAUGGUAACGAUGUAUACGAUGAAACCAAAAACCCCGCUCAACAGACGGAUGGCGACCCAAUGGUAAUCGACAGCCGUAGCAAUGCCAUCGGCCAAACGGGGGAUCAGAUCCGCGAGCAAGAGCGCAAAGUCAAAGAGGUGGUGACUGGCCUAUGGAGUAAAACCGCAGGGGGUAACAGGCGUUGA